CACGAGACGGCGGGAGGAGGCGGGUCUCCCCGCGGGGCAUUGUGGGGGUUGUGGUCCCGGUGGGCUGGGCCAUGUGCGCGGGGCGCAGCUUCUCAGCCCGGCUGCGGCGGCCGAGCGGGGCCCGAGCACCAACAGAGACCUGCCCAAGAAAUCUCCAGAGGGGAAGGAAAGUGGGAAUUGCCUAUGAGCCUACAGAGGGAAAUGGGGCAGCAGAGGCCCCCGAACCCAAGAAACAGAAAUGGGAACCGGCCAACUGGGAGCAGCAGCUGGCUAACAUCCGGGAGAUGCGGAGAGAGAGGGAUGCUCCGGUCGACCAGAUGGGAGCCAGUGCAUGCUUUGAUAGGGAGGCCCCUCCAGAGGUGAAGCGCUACCAGAUUCUGCUGUCGCUCAUGCUCUCCAGCCAGACGAGAGACCAGGUGACCUUCGCAGCCAUGAUGCGUCUGCGGAAGCACGGCCUGACGGUGGACCAGAUCUUGGAGACUGACGAGGAGGCACUGGGCCGGCUCAUUUAUCCCGUCGGCUUUUGGAGGAACAAGGCGCGAUAUGUCCAGCAAACUACAGCAAUCCUGAAGCGGGACUAUGCCGGCGACAUCCCACAAACUGUGGCCGAGUUGGUGAAGUUGCCUGGGGUCGGUCCGAAGAUGGCCCACCUGGUGAUGGACAUUGCCUGGAAGAAAGCCUCGGGAAUUGGUGUGGACACACACGUUCAUCGAAUUUGCAACAGGUUAAAGUGGGCAAAAAAGGAAACAAAACUUCCAGAGGAAACGAGGCAAGCUCUGGAAGAAUGGCUGCCCAGGACUCUCUGGAGUGAGAUAAAUUGGCUCCUGGUUGGCUUCGGGCAGCAGAUCUGCUUGCCUGUCCAUCCACAUUGCAGCGAGUGCCUCAACAGAAACAUCUGCCCCGGAUCCAUGAACCACUGAGGAACAGCCCCUCCCCCGCCUCUUUGUCUGGGAGCUUCCGUUGUUCGGGAGAAGCUGUUUUCCGCCAGGCUGAGCCUUGGUGCCUGUCCCAGGAACUGCAGUGCCUCUUUGGGCAAGGAGGAGGUCUGGUGAUGAACAACCCCCAGGAGCUCUUCCUGUCCUCCAUCUGUCAGCGCAGGAGGCGGGACCGGGAUUUCACGCUGCCUCUCAAGUCUCCAUGAAAAGGCUGCUAUCCAAGAAGGACUGACUCUGCCCAGCAAGCACUUUUAAUAAAUAAAGUAUGUGGGAGGCUGACUCCAUUCAAGAGGGGUGUCUGGAAGGAGAAGGAAUGACUGCAUGGAUCUAGAGCAGGCAACCCAAGGACCUUCAAGGUGUUUGUUUAUAUUUAUAUUAUACUAAAUAUUUAUGGCUGGUUUCCUUGCUUAAGGAACAAAACCUCUCCAAAUGAAAUGAAAAUAAAUCAUCCUGUGGAAUGCUUGAAGCAGCAACAGCCACAGCACAAUACUGGAAAGGGACAAAUUGGGACAACAGGGACGGCCAGGCAGUCCUUUCAGGGAAGGGUGCCCAAAGCAGGCAAAAUUGGCGCAGCCCAGACCCCUGGAGGAGCCAGCCCGUUGCAGAACUGCAGCCCCCUGGGCUUCCAACCCUCCCCCUGGCCGAUGAUUAAUAGAAUCGGAGUUGGAAGGGACCCAAAAGGUCAUCAAGACAAACGCUCUGCAAACUGCAGGAUUCACUACACCAUCCCAGUAAAUGAUUAACAGAAUCAUAAGAGUUGGAAGGGUCACAAGAGGUCAUUGUAAUUGUGAGAGAUGCUGGGAACUGCCAAGUCGGCAUCUUGCCCCAAAAGCCAACUCAAGCAGGCAACAAAGCUUAAGGGUGUGAUAGCAGUUAAGAGAUCAGCAUGCUUGGGUUUGCUCUGCUCUUGAAUGGGGGUGACGCAACUCUACAAGCAAGGGGGUCUUAUGGUUGAACGAGGAUCAGAGGGCCUCUGUUCAAAGCCAGGGCCAUGGAGAAUUGCUAGGUGUCCUGGCCAGUCUCAUCCAGCCCAACUCAACAUGGAGAUUGGAGGAAGGGGAAGUGCCCCAACAGCUGAAGCAGAGGGGAUGUGGGUCCUAACAGAAGGAACCCAGCAGAAUCCCACUGAGGUGGCUGCAGGUUGCAGAGGUUGGGUUUCUCCGUCUCAUACUAGGGAAACUCAUCUUCUAACCUGCCUGGAAGUUGCAUUUCAAAUGCUCCUCGCUUGGUGCCAGCAAAGGCCUUCUCCAACUCAGUCAUCUGGUCAGAUGUGUAGCCUCGGAAGCUCUCACCAAGGUGGCUCAGGCUUGCAAGCAGCCACGCCCGUUCUUCUCAGGAGAAGCUGCUGGGUGUUGAAGUCUGAUUUCAGAGGAAAAGGGCUGGGCACGAGGCCGUGUCUCAGUGGGGGAUGCAGGGAGGCUUUGAUGCAGUCACACCCUACACCAAUAGAUGAAUGGACAUAACAGGAUCCUAAAUAUGAAUUGGGAUGGCUAAAUUUUCACAUUUUAAAACAAGCAAAAUGGUCUGUUGUUACUUCCCAGCAGAGAAGGGGUACCGUUGGUCUUUGAGCGGCAAGGUUGGCCGAUUACUCUUCCCACACAAAAAGGUAAAUCUGGACCCAAACUAAGUUUUGUUUGAUAUCAUUUACAUUAGUUCAUUAGCAACGAAUACAAGUGAUACUGUUUAUUUAAACAUUUUAUUGUGCUACAUUAAAAACUUACAACAUUAGCCUCUGAGGGUGGCCGCAAAGAUGUUCAUGGGGUGGGGUCAAGACGCAAUUAAAGCUCUUUACCUGUGCCGUGUAUGCAACACAAAAGGGGGCGGGGCUUCGAUCCCACAGUGGCAGCUGCCAUCUUGUCAGACUGACAUCAGACAAGAUGUCAGGGAAAGGAGCAGACAAAGGAGGACGUUUGUGAUGCUGUGAAUCUUGAGCUUUGUUGAAAAAUGUGUUUGCAAGGCAAGUUCAGGAAGGGACAAAAAUAGAAAACAAUACAGACACGAACACAACAAAACUUGCUGUCCAUGAGGAAACAGUUUUAUUAUUGACAUUGUAAUAUACUUUUUAAAAUACAAUGCAGUUAAAAGAG